AUGAUGAUGACGCGGGCGUCGAUGGGGGCGAUGGAUGCGGCGGCGGUGGACGAGGUGGUGCGUCGCCUCGUCGAGGGCGGCCGCGGGGGCCGGCAGGUGCAGCUGUCCGAGGCCGAGAUCCGCCAGCUCUGCGUCGAGGCCAAACAGGUGCUGCUGUCGCAGCCCAACCUCCUGCGCAUCCACGCGCCCGUCAAGAUCUGCGGUGAUAUCCAUGGACAAUUUGUCGAUCUCUUGAGGCUCUUCGAUUUGGGUGGUUAUCCUCCAACUUCAACUUAUAUUUUCCUUGGAGACUAUGUGGAUAGAGGCAAACAAAGCUUAGAAACCAUAUGUCUGCUUCUGGCAUACAAGUUGAAGUACCCUGAUAAUAUAUACCUUUUAAGGGGAAACCAUGAAGAUGCAAAAAUUAACAGAGUUUAUGGUUUCUAUGAUGAAUGCAAAAGGAGAUUCAAUGUUCGAUUAUGGAAGAUAUUCUGUGAUUGCUUCAACUGCUUGCCUAUGGCAGCACUUAUUGAUGACAAAGUAUUAUGCAUGCAUGGUGGCCUCUCACCUGAAUUGAAUAGCUUGGAUCAAAUAAAAGAUAUUGAGAGGCCUACCGAAAUUCCUGACUAUGGUCUUCUGUGCGACCUCCUUUGGUCUGAUCCUAGUCACGAUACAGAAGGGUGGGGGGAGAGUGAUAGAGGUGUUUCUUGCACUUUUGGCGCAGAUAAGCUUGUUGAAUUUUUGGAGAAGAAUGAUCUUGACCUUGUGUGCCGAGCUCAUCAGGUGGUAGAAGAUGGCUACGAAUUCUUUGCAGAAAGAAGACUAGUGACGAUCUUUUCAGCUCCAAACUACUGUGGCGAAUUUGAUAAUGCAGGUGCUCUAUUGAGCAUAGAUGAAAGCUUGAUGUGUUCUUUUCAGAUCUUGAAACCAAAUGAAACAGGUGCACCACAUUCAAGGAAACCUCUUCCAAGCAAGUUUAUACCGAUGAGCCUGGCAUACCUCCUGAAAUCAGUUUCUUCUUAUUCCCAUGCUGAUUUUUAUGGUUGUCAUGCUGGACUGACAUGA